AUGAAGAAUGAAACAAAUAUAGUAUCGAGUAAUACUAGCAAUGGUGCUAGUACUCUUCCAAACAUUCCAAUGAAUAUUACAGUAAACGAACUCUUUUGUGUAGAUAAAAGAAAUGGAUACCUUAAAAAGUUAGGAGGAAAAGGUAUAUCAAAGAAUUGGAGAAGAAGAUUUUUCGUUUUAACAAACACUGGAAUAUUAUAUUAUUUUAAACAAAGAACAAGUACAGAGGCAGUUGGAGCAGUAGAUUUAUCACAAUACACAAAAUGCUAUAAAGAUAAAACCAAAAAGAAUUAUUUUUUUAUCACCAAUGAAAACGAUCCUUCACAGCGUGUCUUUCAUUUGAUAGCUGACUCUGCACAGGAGAUGGAGGAGUGGAUCACAGAGAUAACAUCGUUUUUCGAAGGUGAUGUCUCUGAUCUCAAGCAACAUUUGAUGGGUGUCAAACAACAGAAAUCCGAUUCCAAACUGAAUGUAGCACAAUCGUCGAAUCGUGAUGACGAUCUAGACAAGUUCCAAUUGGUUUUCAAAGGUGAGCGUGUAUCUCUACUUUUAAGUGAUCAGAAUAGCGGUAACAAUAACAACAACAGUAGCAGCAGUGGCAGUGGUAGUGCAGCAUCAACAUCAUCGUCACCAAUCGAACAAUCACCCAAAGUAACCAAAAACCCACCACCCAUUCCCGUUAGACGUCCCACCUUUCCAGAGAUUCAAAACAAUCAGUUUCUAGAAGAAUUGAGAAACAGUAGCAAAGACGAUGACGAUGAUGACGAAGAUGACAACAACAACACAGAACCAAAUCAAUAA